AUGGGCAAACGACAAUUCAAAUCGCAGGCUUCUAGCACUCGUGCUUCAACUGCCACUGGCGCCGGCUUCGGGUUUGGCUUUACCACAAAAGCUACCAGAUUAUCAUACCUUACAGAACCAUCAAACCUCUCUUCCAUUAGUGAUGCAAAUGUCAUUCUAUCAUUUAAGAAUCUUUCGAAGAAAGAUGCUACAACGAAGUCGAAAGCUCUAGAGGAUUUGCGAACGUUCGUUCAGAAUCAGCCAAACGAGCAAGGAGGCACCGAAGAAGCAAUUUUAGAAGCUUGGGUUGAUGCCUAUCCUAGGAUUUCCAUAGAUAAUUCACGUCGUGUUCGCGAGCUGUCUCACAGCAUACAAUAUGAGCUUCUAAAAUCAGCCCGGAAAAGAAUGGAAAAAUAUAUACCCAAAGUCGUAGGAAGCUGGCUGGCAGGAACAUAUGAUAGAGACCGAGCAGUGGCACGAUCAGCGAUGGAUGGUCUAACAUCUUUCCUCGAUACGGAUGCUAAAAUGAAUAUGUUUUGGAAGCGUUGCCAGAAUGAGAUCCUCGACUACGCCGAAGAAGCUUUGAAUGAGACUCCUAAUACUUUAAGUGACGAGAGAUCUGUCCCAACAGAAGAAGCAAACGAAAAGUACUUCCGUGUGAAUAGCGCCAGUGUAUCCCUUCUCGCCAAUCUGCUAGCCAAGCUAGGUGAUGAUGAUAUGCUUAAGCAUCAAGACAGGUACGAAAAGGUUAUUUUCGGCAACAAAAAACUAUGGACGCUGGCAUCAUGCGAAGAUGCUUCCGCAAGAAAAAGUACUGAUAAAUUACUCGUGCUUUGCCUAGAGAAGCAAACUCAACUGGUCGAGAACAACCUUGAGACUAUCAGUCGUGCAUUCAUAUCUGAGGCAUUGAGAUCUCCUCAAUUAACAUCUGCCUUGCAACUAUUGGAGACUUUGCACCAACUAACCAAAAAGUUUCCUCAAGUAUGGACUUCUGCGUAUAAGGCUAAACGAUUUACUGCUACAGGCGACCUGAUCUCUUUUGUUCAAAAAGGCUCACAAGGCUCUUCCGCUGCUUAUUGGCAAACAUUGCGAGCUCUUGUGGCAAUUUUACCAAUAGAUGUUCUGCCUCAAAACCCCAAUUCUAUCCUGGAGUUCUUGGAGGUAUUUCGCAAGAGUAUCAACCAGAGGGAGGAGAGUAGGGCCAACUCUUCAGAAGCAUGGCUCGCUUACGGAGAAACAUCCAACAUCUGUAUCGUAAGCCUGUCAACUUCUCAGCAAGCGGAGAUUGUCCAGAAAUCUAUAUAUCCCAUGUUUGAGCAUUAUUUACAUCCAUCCCCAGAAACUUCCGAAUGGCUCAUCAGAAACAAUACACCAUCUUCAACUAUAUCUGCUUGUAUCUCUAGCUUAGCGAAGAACUCCAACUUACAAAAUUCUCUCGCCGAAGAAUGGCAAAAGCUCGCCCAAAAUUUUAUCACAAGAAUUCAAACAUCAAUGCCAGAGCAAUCUAAAGAGUAUUCAUCUUCUCAAGAUGCUGUCAUGGCUGAAGGCCACCGGUGGUUUUCACUUCUGUCUGACGUCUUCAAAUUAAAGGAUCUUACAGCUGAUCAAAACCCACUCCUUCAACCUUCGAGCAAUAUUAUAGAUAGUACUCUCCAAGUAAUUAUCAACAGGAAUGGGAAACCCUACUCGGCUGGGGCAGUACUAGAAUCGGCGCUGAGAUACUCUCCGCAGCUAAUGGAAGCCUCCCCCUCAGUCUUGGAAGCCGUCAAAUCGUUCAUGGACACCCAUCUUCCUAAAUUUCUUUUGUCGCCAUCAUCUUCAUACUUAACUUCAGCUUUAGACCAAUUCAGUUUAGUUCCUGGGCAGCAAGACUCUUAUAAGAGUAUCUGGCAGACGGCUAUUGAUGCUCUGCUAUCGACCCCCAAGAAUCUGCAGCGACAGAAAACGAUCACAGCUCUGAUAUCUUCGAAUGAAAUUUCGGAUUUGGUUCGUGAUGACCAAGCUCUCCAAGAUGUUCUCCUUGAGACUUCUCGUGACGUGGUCGAAGGCAAUAAUGAGGAAUGGGCACUAUUCGAAGCGGCAGUAAUUUUUAAUGGGUUCUCCAAAUCAACAGAAAAGUUAUUGCUUCAAAGCCUAAUCUCUGUACUAAAUGCUUCUAACCCCAAUGUAAAUCUUGUCUUUCAGGCACUCGAAUUACUAUCCAAAAGACGACCUGAAGCUAUUCGAGACGGAGAAGCGCAUGUAGAUUUAAUCACGAAACUUUUGGCAUUGACAGAACUCUCAGAUUCUGAGCUUGGUAAACGGGCUAUGAAUUUACGAUCGGUAGUCGACAACGAAAGUGGUGUCACUACUUCUUCUGUAGUUCAUAUACUCAAAGGAAAUCUGGAAAACGCAAGUCCUCAAUCACUGACUAUCGAUACACUUGUCCAACAAGCAGAAGCGGUUAUCAGCACCUUGGACGACAGUUCGCACCAUCCCGGACUCUUUCCAAGUGUAACUAAAUGGUCCGAAGCUUUAGCCCCUCUGUUGGAUCAAGCACCAAAUGCUACUUUGGGAGUGAUGAGACCAUUUGCGGGAGCUGUAUUCUUGGCGCGCGCACAAAGUGGUAACAAUAGUAGUCGCCCUGGCAGAGAUCUAGAUGGCUAUUCCGUAGCUCUCAGAAUGGCAAUGUAUUCGGCACAUUUAAUUCGAGACCAUCCUGAUCGGUUGUCAAAGGAUGCUCUUGUCGAGAUAAUAUAUCUCAUGUGCUUGACUGUGGAACUUGCCAAUGACCAGCUCGAUCUACUAGAGAACAACAAGCUUUUCGUGUUAUCGUCGGAAGAAGCUAUUGCUGGCGUGCGCGAUUUUGUGGACCGAAUAUAUCAAGAUUCAUGGUCAUUCAUCGUACUACACUCGAAAGCUUGGCAAGAUGGUUUCGAGUCGGAGUCACCGCUUGAAUUUUCGGGUAUUGUUCACAUCCUUAUUUCAAAGCUGAUAAAUGCUUCCUGCGGCGAUACAUCUACGUCGUUCUACUCAGCUCGUGUGUUGAGCCAUCUACUACCCAAACUUGUUGAACAACAUGGAUGGCAAGUGGGAGGCGAAGAUUGGAUCUCCAGCCUCGAAAUUCUCAAAUCAUCUACAUCGAACAUUCUUGGGGCUGUUGCCAUCUUGACAGGGCUUCACGAGACCCUCAGUACUAGCCAGCUUGUCAGCAACCUUUGCAACCGGAUCAUUAGUGAUGUUGCUAGUGCCGAUGCUCAAUCUGAAAAAACUCUCGGUCAACUUGUUCUCCUGAAUGCAACAUUAUCCGUGUACGAUAAUGAUGAUCUUCCUGUGGCACAAAAUCGAUUAGUGUUUGCGGUCAAGCAAAUUCUUUCAUGGACCCCGGAAAUUUCAGACACGAAUUAUCAGCUCUCUUCUGAGUCUUGUCUUGCUUUACAAAAGUUGCUCCCGGCGAUCAAAUCAGUCUACGGAUCAUACUGGGAGAAAACCCUCGAGUUCUGCAUCAAAAUUUGGCAAUCGAUGGAAAAUAAAGAUCACCAGGACCAAAUGCUCCCCAUGAUGGGGAUGUCUUUGAAACUAUUCUCAAUUUUACAAAGCUUACAAGAUGCCAAUGAUGACCUUGAGGAUGCUCGAGCUCAAUAUGGAGAGACCGCAUCUCAUUGUCUGAUCAAACUCACCAAGUUAUCCAGAUCUAAAUCAACGCAACCAGUCGAGUUUGUUGAUAAUAUUUUGUCGCGGCUAGUAAUUAAUAUACCUUCAAGUCAUAUUAAUGACAUCUCCGAGUUCUACCCGUUGGUAGCUUCAGAGAAUAGGAUGGUCCAAUCUGCAGCAUUUAGUAUUCUUCAUCGGGCUAUUCCUGCAGAGCAAGAGGAAAUCUCGGUCAAUGCCCUUCUUGAAAAGAAAGAUGCGCAAUUGCCAGAAGAAUUGCUAUCUCUUCUCUUAGACGCACCAUCUAUUCGAAACUUUGAUGACGAAGAGCUCGCAGAAUUUCCUCCUUCGAUUCGUAGCUAUUUACUUUCGUGGCAUUUAGUUUAUGACGCGUUUAGCACAGCGUCUUGGAAAGUGCGCAAAGACUAUUGCAAUCACCUCCAGUCAGAAAACUGCCUUGGAUCAUUCUUAACAUUUUUGUUCGAUGUGUUAGGCCAUUCGAAUGGUACGCCCCUCAACCUUGAGAAGGCACAUUUUGAUGAAUCAUCUAUUCGCACAUACGACACAUCACUAGCAGACAGUGAAACAAACGAGCGAAACUUUCAAUGGCUUCUCAUUCACCUAUAUCAUUUAUGUCUUAGACACACUGGCGAUCUUGCAAAGGCUUGGUUUUCUGACUGUCAAUCCAAACAGACCCGUCAAGCAGUUGAGACAUGGACAGAGAAAUACUUCACUCCACUUCUGAUUUCUGACAAACUUGAUGAAAUCGAUGAAUGGGCAGUUUCGAAGGAGGCUAAAGAAGGAGGCGAGAAAGAGCUCGAAAUUAAAACAUCGAAGGGCGCACGUUCCAUCUUUGCCAGCUACGAAAUCGAUGAUACUAGCAUACAAAUUGUCAUUCGAUUUCCAUCCAACUAUCCUUUCUACAACGUUAAAGUCGAGGGUAUCAAUCGUGUUGCCGUACCAGAAAAAAAAUGGAGAAGUUGGCUACUCAUCGUUCAGGGUGCCAUCACAUUCUCAAAUGGUAGUCUGAUCGAUGGAUUGACUACUUUCCGUCGUAAUGUUGAAGGUAGUCUUAAAGGACACACCGAAUGUGCUAUCUGUUACAGCAUCAUAUCGAGCGACAAGAAAACGCCGGAUAAGAAGUGCGGAACUUGUAAGAACACAUUCCAUGGACAAUGUCUGUUUAAAUGGUUCGCGAGCAGUAACCAGAGCUCGUGUCCAUUGUGUCGUUGUGCUUUUAACUAUGGUCGUUAG